AUGACCCAGCAAGAUGAACUAAAUCAAAUAAAAUCAAAAAUCCAACAACACUUGGUGACAUCGGGGAACUAUGAUCUCAUCAACAAACAACUAAAACUACAAUUGUAUGAAAGUGGAUGGUACGACAAAGUGGCGCAAAUUGCUAAUGACAGAUUAAAUGAAGGUGGGGACAAGAAGAAACUAGAAACAAAAAACUUGAGUGAUUUGUAUGCAUAUGUUAGGCCGAAAGCUGAAGAAUCAGUACCGCUGGAAGUAAAGGAAAAUAUUAAGAAAAAGAUUGAAGAGUACUUAGAUGGGAUAAUACAGUAG